GCAGCAUCCUUUAAUAUCUCGUGACAUCGCUUCCUUUUCUGAAAGAUGCUCAGGGCGGAGGAGACGCUGCGUUCACUGGGAUGAUGGAAGCUGCGCACAUGAGGUGUGUCUGUCUUGUCUGACCGCUUUUUCACCAUACAGAAGCUGCUGCACCUGCACGGAGAAAGGGGAAAAAACUGCGUACCCCGCCCGAGAUAAUGGCUUUUUUUUAAUCUUUUACCAAAAAAAUGUCCAAAACCAAACAUUGCGAGGCGAUCAGGGUGGUGGUCCGCUGCCGGCCAUUCAGCAGGAGAGAGGAGACAGCGGGGUGUAAAAACAUUUUGGGGAUUGAUGACAAACUGGGGCAGAUCACCAUCAGGAACCCGAAGGCACCACCUGAUGAUCCAAUGAAAGUAUUCACGUUUGAUUCUGUGUAUGGCUGGGAUUCAAAACAGAGCGACAUUUAUGACGAUGCAGUCAGACCUCUGGUGCAGUCGGUGCUCCAGGGCUUCAACGGGACCAUAUUUGCCUACGGCCAAACUGGGACAGGUAAAACACACACCAUGGAAGGGGUUACAAACGACCCAGACAUGAGAGGGAUUAUACCAAAUUCAUUUCAGCACAUUUUUACACAAAUAUCCAGGACUCAGAAUCAGAAAUACUUGGUGAGGUCAUCGUACCUCGAGAUCUACCAGGAGGAAAUCAGAGAUCUGCUGUGCAAAGACAACAACAGGAAACUGGAGCUUAAAGAGAGUCCCGACUUUGGCAUCUAUGUGAAAGACCUGUCAUCUGUGGUCACAAAGAACGCCAAUGAGAUUGAACAUGUGAUGAACAUAGGAAACCAAUCCAGGUCUGUGGGCUUCACCAACAUGAAUGAACGCAGCUCUCGGUCUCAUGCCAUUUUUCUCAUAACUGUGGAGUGUAGUGAAGUAGGGCCAGAUGGCGAGGACCACAUCCGUGUUGGGAAGCUGAACAUGGUUGACCUGGCUGGCAGCGAGCGCCAGAGCAAGACAGGUGCUAAAGGGAAGCGACUGAAGGAGGCAGCCAAGAUCAACCUGUCCCUCUCGGCACUGGGGAAUGUAAUUUCAGCUCUGGUGGACGGGAAGAGCACCCACAUCCCGUACAGGGACUCCAAACUGACCCGCCUGCUCCAGGACUCGCUGGGUGGCAAUGCAAAGACUGUCAUGAUUGCAACGGUGGGGCCAUCGCACAAGAACUUUGACGAAUCCCUGGCCACGCUGAGGUACGCCAACAGGGCCAAGAACAUAAAGAACAAACCUCGGAUUAAUGAGGAUCCCAAAGAUGCCCUGCUGAGGGAGUUUCAGCAGGAGAUUGCACGCUUGAAAGCGCAGCUGGAGGAGCGAGGGAUGCUCGCAAAGGAGAGGAGGAGGAUGAGAAGGAACAGCAAAAGACUCAGUAAAAGUAUGGUCGGCAUGGAAGAGGAGAUGUUCAGAGAGAAGGAUGUGGAUAUGUGGAAGGCUUUCGAGGAGGAACAAGAGGUGAAACAUUACAUGAAAGAGGGAAUUGAGAUCCCCAAGAUUCUGACCUGCCAGGGAGGCAGUGAGAAGUUAAAGCACCUGAGUGAAAACAGAAAAAGCGUAGAGGACAUGCAGUGGGAUCAAGAUGCUUUGGAGAAGAUCAUUGAGAAAUACAAGGCUAUGGAGAGCAAACUGUUGGUUGGAGGCAAGACUAUAAUUGAUCACACCAAUGAACAGCAGAAAAUGCUGGAGCUGAAGAGGCAGGAAAUUGCAGAACAGAUAAGGAGGGAGAGAGAGAUCCAGCAGCAGAUGAUGUUGCAGGAUGAGGAGACCUUAGAGAUGAGGGACACCUUCUCCUCCCUGCAGCAGGAGGUGGAACUUAAGACAAAGAAGCUGAAGAGGCUGUAUUCCAAACUACAGUUGGUGAAGGCAGAGAUGAGAGAUGUCAUUUCUGAACACGUCACAACCAGACAGGAGCUUGAACAGACACAGAAUGAACUCACCAGAGAGCUCAAGUACAAAUAUCUCUUGAUUGAGAAUUUUAUACCUCCAGAGGAAAAGAAUAAGAUCGUGAACAGGCUGCACUUUGACAGUGAGGAGGAUCAAUGGAGACUGCAACCGGUCCUUCCAGAGAGUGCACCCACUCAGGUCAAGAGAAGGCCUCUCUCAGCCGUGGGAUACAAGAGGCCAAUCAGCCAAUAUGCACAGAUGGCUGUUGCCACGGCAACUGGGGCCCCGUGUAGAUACCAGGCUGAGAAUGUAAUGCUGUUGGAGUUAGACAUGUCUCCACCUACCAUGUUUACCUUGAACCUUAAUGGCGCUCACAUGGAGAGAGCGUUUUCUCCCAGGCUGAUGCGGGACCUUCUGGCACACGUCCCCAUCAGAGAGAGGAGCGGUGCAUCGUCACGGGUCAGGAAAUCCCAAUCCUGGUAUCAGGCACCACAAGCAGCAUCUGUCACAUCAUCCUCAUCAUCCACCACUCUGACGUCAGAAUCUCAGAGCUUCUCUCCGUCUCAGAGACAAAGACCAUCCUCUGCUGCCUAUGGUCCGGUUCAGACAAGCCCCUGAUAUGUGUCGACACAACAACGCACAGGGCACAAAAGGAGACGUGGGGGAGGAAAUGAGAGAGAGGGGAGGGAGAUCGUAUGCCUUGAUUUAAAAUUGAUUUCACACCUUUUUUGAGAAAGUAUAACUUCAGUAAGCAUGUAUUCAGCUUAACCGGAAAGACAAAUGUCAUUUUUCUGCCUACUGUUGCCUAAAAAAAACAAAAAACAUGUAGUUUCUCGUGGCUUAACGUCAAGUCUCAAUGAAUAGCACAGCCAAAACGUAAUCGUAAUCAAACCAGGUUUGACAAUGUAGUAGAUUAUUUGGAGGAUCCUUUUUUUGUUUAUAAUUGAAUUCAUUUUAUUUUUUUAACAGCAAUUUAAUCACCUAUUUUCUAAAAGUUGAAAGCCUGUUAAAAUGGUGAUUUUGUGAUGGUGUGGUAGGUACUAAGGGCCUCCAAAUACUGGGGGGAGGGAGGGGGAGCACCCUGGUUUAAACCUGUAUGCUUGAUGAAUUGUUGCUUCAGUUUAUGGCUAAUGUAACUGUGAGCCAAAAAAAAAUAAUAAUAAUAAUAAUGUGAAGACAAGCUUGCAAUGCCCUCUUGAUUAGCUGCCUUAUUUUUUCAUAGUUGUGGGAAAUCGUGCAAAGUCCAUUUGCUUACACAUGAAAAUAAACAAAAUUCUGAAA